UGUUAUUGUUGUCGUGAGGGAUGCUGUAGUUAAUGGCUAUAUUGAUUAUUUUACUGGCACUGCCUGAAACAUAACCUAUAAUACCAUAAUACUUUUAGGCCGCGUUUUAUUUGAAGUAUUCCACUGCAUUGUAUAUUAAUAGGCCACUUCGUGCACAACUGCGCGGUUUGGUUCUCCCUCUCAGUUAGCUAACGUUAGCGAAUCUAGUAGCUAGAUUGCUAGCUAAUGUUUGUUAACGUUAGCAAGUUCGCUGCAAUUAAGUUCCACAUCAAAGACAACGAAGCUAGCUAGCUAGGUAACUUGCUAGGGUGUACAGGUGUUAUUGAACCGCGGGCGGCUGAAAAUGACAAACCUCUGCCAAAAGGGCAAGUGGGGCCAUGAAUCAGAGGGAAGCACGGUGAGAGAGGACACUCGGGGGGGCAUGAGGCGAUAAAAACGGAGAAAAGGAUGAUUUCGCGAUACACCAGGCGGCCGGUAACGCACAGUCUUGAGAUUCGUGGCUUAUCCCGAAGCCACCUUGACCAUCACCCUCUCCCAGAAGAGGUAGAAGAUGACUUCCUCCCCCAGCACCUCCUCCAUGACCUUCAGGAAGCUGUCUCAACUUACAACAGCUCAGAGACGACGUCUGCAGCCUCUAACCGAUCAGACUCUCCAACGGUCACCACUGGAAACACAACGCGGGCCUGGUCUGGGAUCCACAGCUACACAGGGACAGGCAUCUCUACAGAGAGGAGCUCUGUUUUCUCCUGGGGCUAUGAUGAGUUUGACAAGGCGGCGUCGCAACAGGUGCAGCAAAUGUUUGAGGAGAUUGAUGAGGAGCUUUAUGAGGGGCGGGGUGGGGCGCAUCUACUGGGGCUGCAAGAUGAGUGUCAUCAGUGGGCAUUCAGGUUCCCUCACUUACGGAUUCUGGGUAGUCAGCUGGUGUGUCCCAGUGACGAGGGCUUUCAGUGGUACGCAAUCUCAGGGAAGGGGCCCGGGACACCCGCCAGCACCACUGCAGCUGGACAGAAGGACAGCAGUAGUAGCAAGCCCCAGGAUAAGGACAAGCCCGGCCCCAGCACAGAUCUGUGUGUGCAGGGGAGAAGGGCUGUGCUGUCCAGGCCCUGUGUGGCAGUUGACCACCCCCCUGGCACUCCCAGUGGAUCCAGAGGUCAUGACAGGCCCAAGGUGAUCGAGGCUGAAGGCCUGGUGGAGGAGUACCUGGCCUUUGACAGCAGGGACCUGGAUGAUGAGUGGGAGCAGGGGUGGGUGGGGGCUGGUCGGCGGAGGUACUGCCUGCCUCCUGUGUCUCCCUAUCGCUGUCGCAGACAGGCGGCCCUGGACUUGCUCUUUGACGACGUGUGGCGAGAGCUGGUUGGCUGGAUGGAGGAGCUGGUCCGCAGGCAUUGGGAGGGCUAUGUCUCAGAUGAUGAGAAGACUGCAGUGAACUUCAUCCCAUCACAGUCUGAUGCUGAGAAUCCUUUCCUGCUUCUGUCCACACAUCCCACCCUUCUCCCCAGGCUAGGCCAGGUCAGGGUGCCCCAGCUAACAGGCAGCCUGCAACCCCAGACCACAAAAUCAAGGGUCUCAAAGCACAAGUCCAGACGGAAAUCCAAAAAGCAGAAAAAGCCAUCCACUGUAUGUAACUCUCACCCAGAGCCAAAAUGGCGCCGAUCGACGCCAUCCACAGCGUCCAGUCGGGUACCAGUAGGGGCAGCGGUGACGCAUCACAACCUCAACGACCUCAUAGUGAUCCACGGCAUCCCCCUGCAGCAGAGGAACCUGGGCGUGAUGGAGAGAGCUCAGGAUCCUGAGGAGAGGGUGGUGGUGACCCACCGGCCAGGGUCCAGUGUGAUUCCGUCCAGCAAGCCCCGUCCUCGCCGGGUGCUAGAGCAGAGCUCCUCCUCUCUGUCCCGUCCGCCCCAGUCGGCGCUACGCCGUAACCCCCCCCCACGCACCCUUCUGCCCUUGGUUCCCUGCCUGACACAGUUCAGUGCCGCCGGCUCCAUGGAGGAGGUCAUCCGUGGGACACGCCUACCCACAGCCAGUGACCGCCUGGCCUCGCCUCUGAUACCUCUGAGCAGGAACACACUCCUUCCCCCCAUCGGCACAGAAGAAGCUGAACCCACGCACUCUGGACAGCACUUCAGACCUACUCAGCGGCAUAGAGGCUUGUCCAGUCGUGCCCAUAGUGCUGUUACAGAUGAAGCUGGUUGUUUGCUUCCUCGGGAUCGGCUUCAUCAAUUGGACGUAUUCUCCCGUCCCAACACCACCCACACCUACAGGUCAGACACCCCUUACCGCCGCUCCUUCACGGUGCUGGACAACAUUGGACAGGGGCGUCCUGGCAGAGAAUCUUUGGGUACAGACUCUUUGGGCAUUGGAGUGAUGGGCAUCAGUCUGGGCAUCAGUCUGGGUAUCAGCAGUUCCUCCUUCCUGGACUCCUUCAUCCACCACCCUCUGGGCCACUCCCCCAUCAAGGAUGAGGAGGAGCCUGACACACAAGCCCCUCCCCCAGCUGUACUGGUGCCUGUGUCAGUCCCAGCACGCUCCUACAGCCGGGGGGGCUUCACAUCCCGCAGUAGCAGACCUGGGUUGUAGUCCCUUCAACCAGUUGUCACUAGUUAACACAGCCACAAAGUCUUAAUUAUCAUUAAACCCCACCCAUUUCUACAAUUUCUCUUCUUACAAUAUGAUUUUAAACCUAACCACACUGCUAACCAUAUGCCUAACUUUAAAGUGAAAAGCUAUACAUUGUUUGCUAAUUUUGACUUUGGCUGUGGAAUUUGGCUUUGUGGCUGUGUUAUCAACCUCGGCCGCCUCCACCAACCACCUCAGCACGGCAGGAUGCAAGGCCCUGCUGCCACUCCCAACGGGGCCUUCAACAACACUUUAUAUAACAAAGAACAUUUCUACAUUGUACUGUUAGGUGAUUUUACUUGAUGCUUUUUUUGUUUUUCUAGAGCCCUAUUUUUGUAUGUUGGAACUCUGCUUACCUGGCUGCCAAAGACAGUAACCCGUCUCAUUAAACCUAUCUGUAUGUAUGUAUGUAUAUUGUUUAUGUUCUCUGAUCUCUAUACUCUUAAAUUCUUCUAUGCAGGGAAUGAGUCAUUCUAUGAAAAUGGUGGCUUUUUGACCAGCCAAUAAAAAGUUUUUACAAAUUAGUCAUAAUAGUUAAUGCCGUAACAAUGUUAAUGAAAAUAAAUGACAGCAUAUUAUUUUUUGUAUAUUACAUUAAAAUGUGUGUUGCCUUUGUCA